GUCAAUAUAUCGAAUGGGAUUCUUGACUGGUGCUUCCAGAAACCUGCUUGCCUACCAAAAGGCUAGGUCUCACAGAUAGCUCUCGGUUCAAGUGGAAGCUCAUGGCGGCUCAACCUAGCAAAGACCCCUCAUUAACUGAAUCUAGUUGACUUGGCAAGGCCCCAUUGUUAGGGCGUCGUCAGGGCGUUUGGCGUUGCUUGGCUGAGGGUGACCGCGGCGGAUUGCUGCAGAGGUCUUGGCUGACGGGAGGUAGGUCCGGGUGUUUCCCUGGUUGGUGUUACUCCAAUGGAAAUAUUUCUUUGAACAACAUCAACCCCUUCCCUUCCUUGGUUGUCGAUUGACCUCCAUCCCUCCCUCUUGGACCAGCUCAGUCUUUCUGUUCUGACCUCCUUCAUCUUGCGGCGCGCCCUGAGGUCAUUGUCAUCUGGUUACUCUAUAUGCGCCAAUGACUUUAACAACACACAACAGUUGUACAUCUUAGUUCUUUCUCCUCACAAGCUCCAGUCUGGUUCCAGCUUCACAACCUCCAAGAUGGGCAACUUGCUCAUCCUUUUGGCCCUCUGUGUGGUCAUGGCCUUGGCUUCCUUCUUCGCCGGCGCACUCCCCCUAUCCCUGAGCCUAUCGCAAUCUCAACUACGAUUGAUAUCCAGCAUCGGUGUUGGAAUUCUUGUCGGCACUUCCCUCAUCGUCAUCAUCCCCGAAGGCAUCGAAGCGGUCGCGACAACCAAUACCGUCCAGUCGGCACAUUCGCACAAUGCUGCUGCUGCGAGGCGCAGUCUCACGGGGGUCAGAGGGAGAUCCCCAGUACAAACAGUCAACUGGCACAUCUCAGGGAACCAUCUGGAAGCUAGGGACGGCAAUGGCGACGACAUCCCCCAUAUCAAGACACACAAGAUCGUAACCGCCGAACAAAUCCUCAAGAGCCUCCACGACAAAAGGGAUGAAGAGCCAAAGGAAGACACAAAAUCCAGCUUCCAAAAGUCCACUAACCCCACCACCGAAAAGCAUGAUGACGACCAUGACCACCACGAGAACUCUCUUCCGACAUUCCAGAUCGGCCUGUCUCUGACCCUCGGCUUCGCCCUCAUGUUCCUCAUCGACCGCCUCCCGCAGCACGCCUUCUCCUCUUCUUCUUCUUCGAGCCCGCAGACUCGACACAUCUCCCUCGACAACCUCGAGACCUCCUCCAUCUCCGAGUCCAUUCUCGAAGGCCGUGACGGAUCCUCCGAAACCGACGGCUUCCUCUCUUCCUUCCUCAGCCCCUCGCCGAAACAGGCCCGCACGCUAGCAACGACGGUGGGAUUGGUAAUCCACGCCGCCGCCGACGGCAUUGCCAUGGGAGCCAGCGCCACCACGGAGGACAUGCGUCUAGGAUUGAUCAUCUUUGUGGCCAUCAUGGUGCACAAAGCCCCAGCAGCUUUUGGCUUGACGUCAGUUUUGCUAAGGCAGGGGCUGUCGAAGCGGGCGGCGAGGGGGCACUUGAUUGUGUUCAGCGCCGCUGCCCCCGUAGGAGCGUUGGUGACGUAUUGUAUCGUCGAGUUAUUCCUGGGUGGAAGUGGUGGGCAGGUAGCUGCAGAAGGGAGCCGAGGCGAGCAGUGGUGGACGGGCAUGUUGUUGCUGUUCUCUGCGGGGACGUUCUUGUAUGUGGCUAUGCACGCCAUGCAAGAAGACAGCAACUCCCACGACCAUCACUCAAGCAGCAACGGGUACGCAGACGGAAGCAGUUCGCAGCAGAGGAGGCAGCCAAAGCCGCUGAGGGACACAAUGUUUACUGUCUUGGGAAUGCUAUUACCGCUUCUCACGCAGUUUGGGCAUCAUCAUUGAGCAUGAUUUCGUCAAACAAAAGUUGGGUGUUGUAUAGUUAUUUCUUUUUUAUUUGGAUAUGGCAAAGGCAUGCAAGCGUUUGCGUUCAUGGCCAAACCACCCCCUAGCGAAUACACCUCAUUUGACAAGCAACCCUAAACGACUAGAGACUGUUCUCUAUAGCUAUGUAUAACGGAAGCUUGGAGGUUUCCGCCAUUUGUGCUUCCUAAUGUGUUACGAUGCUUGUGGCUGGAUAUCUAACAAAGCAGAACCGUGAAUCAAACAGUUUGGUGAUGGCAACCAUAUGCUGACAACUCACGGAAAGCCAGAGACGACGGUCUUGAUAAAGGGGCAGGACUAGGCACCGCACUACACACUUACACUACUCAUCCAACCAGGCGGCAUUCGGUGCAGGAGGGGUUGGAGUAUUUUAUAUAAUGGGUAUCUUACUUGUUAUCAAUAUAUGAAAGAGGC